AUCUUUAGUUUAAAAGGUCUCUCAAAGACGAUAUACUAACAGUAGUUCACAGCGUGAAGACCGCAUAAUCUGUGAAGAAAAGAAGACGCGCACCGCAUACCAGGGCAAUAUUAUUUUGAACCUGCUUAUCUGACUGUUCAGUCAGACAAGGGCUGCCAGGUGAUUCAACAAACCCUUUAACCCAUCGGAGAACUCAACACAUAGAUUACAAAGAUGCCUGUGGAAACACCAUCAGUCAGAAACACGUCUACAGUUGGUCGCUUCCCAUCAGUCACACUGGGAUGGGAGAAAGAUGAGGAGCCAGAGAAGAACACAGAAGAAGGGGGGUGUCGACAAUGGUUACGUAAGAUCUGUCCUUGUUGCUGUCAAAGACCGAGCAAAGAUGAUGACAUCGCAGAUAAGGUUGUCACAGGGAUCGAUGAUGCAGACAAGCUUGUGGGGAAUGGUGACAAGCCAUUCACUAAUGGAAGUAACCUUGAAGAGAUGUUGUUGAUUGUGCGGUCCAUAGACCUGAUGAAAAAAAAUAAAGGUCAGAACCGCAUGGAGCAUCACACAGACCGUUACUACGGUGAUGGCCUCAUCAUCCGCAGGGGUCAGAUCUUCAUGAUGUGGCUUGACCUCUCGCGACCUUACAAUUCCAACACAGACAGACUCCACCUGGAGCUUAGGACAGGACCCUUGCCUACAGUGGCAAAGGGCACCCAUGUCAUCAUCCCAUUGGUUGAGGAGCUGGAGGAUGACCGUUGGGAGGCCAAGAUUGUGCAACGGGACGGCAAGAGGCUCAAGCUGUCCAUCAACUCCCCACCCACAGCUGUGAUUGGCCGAUACCAGCUCACCGUGGUAACGCAAAGCCCAAAGGGGGAGGCCACAUCUACACAUGACCCUGGGAAUGACAUCUGCAUGCUGUUUAACCCCUGGUGUAAAGAUGACACAGUGUACAUGGAAGAUGGCGAUGAGAAGAACGAGUAUAUCCUGAAUGAUGUUGGAAGGCUCUACUACGGCACAGAGAACCAGAUUGGUUCAAGAACGUGGAACUAUGGACAGUUUGACAAGGGGAUCCUGGAUGCCUGUCUUUAUGUUUUGGAGAAGAGUGCGACCCCCCCCUCAGGCUGGGGAGACUCUGUCAACGUGGUACGAGUCAUUUCAGCCAUGAUCAACUCCCCAGAUGACUGUGGGAUCCUGGAGGGGAACUGGUCAGGGAACUAUGUGGGCGGGACUUCCCCUACAUCCUGGAGUGGCAGUGUGGACAUCCUGAAUAAGUACCAUAAGGACGGAGGCGCACCGGUCAGAUAUGGCCAGUGCUGGGUCUUCUCUGGGAUCACCACCACAGUCUCGAGGUGUUUGGGCAUUCCCUCCCGUAGUGUGUCCAACUUCAACUCCGCCCACGACACAGAUGUCUCCUUGACAACAGACGUGUAUUUCGAUGAGAAGUUGGAGUCUAUAGAUCACCUCAACUCUGACUCCAUCUGGAACUUCCAUGUGUGGACCGACUGUUGGAUGGCUCGUCCAGACUUGCCACCCGGCUAUGGCGGCUGGCAGGUAGUAGACUCCACCCCCCAGGAGACCAGUCAGGGUACAUACCGCUGUGGCCCCGCCUCCGUCAAUGCCAUCCGUAACGGACAAGUGUUCCUGAAACAUGACUCACCAUUUGUCUUUGCCGAGGUGAACAGUGAUAAGAUCUACUGGCAGAGGAACCUGGAUGGCACCUUCACCCAGAUCCACAGUGAGAAAAACGCAGUGGGCCACUGUAUCAGCACCAAGGCUGUGGGCUCCGAUGAACGCAAUGACAUCACAGACCUUUACAAGCACCCAGAAGGCACAGAGGAGGAACGCAUCGCUGUGGAGACUGCAAGUCGCUAUGGCUCCAAACCAGAUGCCUACUCCUCUCCCAUCGCUCAGGAUGUAUCCAUAGAGGUGACCAUGGAUGGGGAGGGGCCACACAUGGGGGGAGAUGCAGAACUGACCAUUGUCAUGCGCAACGCUAGUUCUCUACCACGCACCAUCAACCUCCACAGCCAGGUGGCAGUCAUGUACUACACUGGUGUGGUCAAGGCUACUGUCAAGAAGGAUCAAAUUCCUGUGGAGCUGCUACCCAAUGAAGUGAAGAACCUGGAGUGGAUCCUUCAGUAUCAGAACUACCAGGACCAGCUUGUGGACCAGGCUGCUCUGAUGCUGACACUGUCGGGCAGGGUCAAUGAGACACAGCAGGUUCUGGCAACUCAGUUCAGCUUCCGCCUCCGCACCCCUGACCUCAUCAUUAAGCCAGUAGGGGAGGCUGUGGUGGGGAAAAAGAUGGCGGCUGAGAUCUCCUUCACCAACCCUCUGCCAUGCACGCUGAAGGGAGUGGUGUUCCGUGUAGAGGGGCUGGGCCUGCAGAGUGUUCGACAGAUCACUGUUGGUGACGUGGCCAGUCGCUCCACUGUGGUUCAGACGGAGGUCUUUGUCCCCACCCUGCCUGGACCCAGGAAACUGUUGGCUUCACUGGACUGUAAACAGCUCACACAGGUCCAUGGUGUUGCUGACAUCAAUGUGAAGGAGAAAUAAGUCUUCAGACACCAUAGACCUCUCUUGGUCUGCUUGGCUAUUGAGGCAUAAUCACUAUGGAGGUCAGAAGAAAUCAUCUCCCUUCCUCUUCCCCCUACCAGAGCACUGGUGUUGCUGUUGAGUCAAUUAUGAUGUUCGAAAGUACAGGUUGUGAGACAGGAAAAUCAUACACCAUGCAAGACAAGCAUUUUCAAUAGCCAUGUUGUCACAUAUUUUUCCAUUCCUCCCUCUCAAUAUCAGAUUGGACCUGUAUAAUGUGCCUUGAAAAGUGGCUAAACGAAUGAUUGCAGCCCUUACAAUAAUACUUUAUACAGAAUGUGUGGCAUGUUCUGUUGACAGAACAUUAUACAUUAUCAAUGACACCAUCAGAUUUAUCUCAGCUAUUAUUUAUCACUUAAUAGAAGGGCUUUGUGUUUACUUACACUGUGCAAUUAUCUAAUACUUGUGUUAUUAUUAACUUAUAAACGUUGUUAUGGAUUUUAAGAGAUCAGUUCUUUCAAACACAUAUCCAUGCUUAUGCGGCAGGGCGCCUAGUGCGUAGAGCGUUGGGCCAGUAACCGUAAGGUUGCAAGAUUGAAUCCCCGAGCUGAAAAGGUACAAAUCUGUUGUUCUGCCCCUGAACAAGGCAGUUAACCCACUGUUUCUAGGCCGUCAUUGAAAAUAAGAAUUUGUUCUUAACUGACUUGCCUAGUUAAAUAAAGGUAAAAUUAAAAAAUUAAAAAAUGCACUACAUGUAGUGUGAAUGUCUAAAAGUCUUUCUACUUGAACUGGAUGAACAAAUCAGUAUUAGGAAGUCAAGUUAAAUCUGCUCCAUCCCAUGCUUUUUGGAUCCAGGUUUUGUAUUAACAUCAGAUGUGCUGUUAUUUUGCACUUAUCAAAUAUCAACUCCAUAUUAAGUACACAAUUAGCGCUGAACUAAAUGAAGCACCCAAGGUAGAGGUUUAUGACAGAAACGCUGAAAUGGCAGCUACACACGUUUAUUUUUUCACAAACAGCAUAUAAUCUGUAACUGUUUUAAUAGUGUAUUGUAUUUGUGUGCUAUUUACAUUUUUAUACUAUGUGAGUAAAUUAAUUCCACUUAAAUACUUUGUCCUUAUUAUGUGUGUGUGUGUGUGUGUGUGAGAGAGAGAGAGAGAGAGAAUUGGUAGAGUGACAGCAACAGGUUUACCCAAGUACAUGUUAUGAAAGAGUUGAUAUUUUAAUGAUGUAAGUGUUCAGUUUGACAUCAUGCACAAUUAUGAACACACUCCCUCAUACACAUACAUCAACUGUAAUGUACAAAUCACAUCUUUCUACAUUUAUUUGGCCAUUUUCCUAUUCAAUAGUUCAUUACAACACGUGAUAUUGGCAGUCAUAAGUCAACCCCUUCAUAAUAAAGUCAAGAUACUAUAAUGGUACCUUAUUGUCAGUCAUGACAUGUCAUGACAAGCCUCUUGAAAAGGAACACUUUUUAAAAAGCCUAUAGUUGUUGGCACUGAGCUAAUCAGCCUCUGCCAACAAAACUCACACAGUAGGCUGUAUUAUAUAAAUAAAAUUAAGCAGCAUUGUUAAAUUAGUCACACACACACAAUCACUCAUUCUCAGUCUACAUGAUCACAGAUGGUCUACACAACUCUGUUGAACUCCUCAGGCUGAUCAACAUAGACCUGAUGAGCAGCUCCCUCAACCACCUGAGACAGGGAAAGAGAAGGGGGGAGGAGUGAGGGACUGAGGAUCAGCUCCAUUUCACACUUUGGGAUUUCAGGGGUGUUGCCAUUUGUAAUCUUGUACACAUUCUUUUGAACCCCACUCUUAGGUCUGCUAUUGUGAGCUCAAAAGAGAAGCCCACUGUGGUCUGCUCACCCAGUGCUUUAGGUCAAAUGUGAAUUCCAUUAACUUGAAUACCCCCUCAGUUUUCAAAUCAAGUAGAGGGCUUGCGCUGUUGCACGAUAGCAACCAAAGCCCACGUAAGUCAGUUUAUAACAUUACAUCAUUGGUUACUCAGAGUUCCUCAUAUUUACAUUGCCUGCAGCCUCAGGCCUUAUGGGGGUAACCUUGGAAAAGUAAUUCCAAUUUAUAUUCCUUGUGCUAUUUCUAAUAGGGAUAAACCAAAUGAUGUUGGGCUGGAUGCUGAUAGGGGAAACUUGUUGAAGGAUCAGAGAAAUUAUUAUUUUAGGCUAUUUACAGAAAAACAAGUCCUGAAUGCUUUGCUAGCAACAGACAAUAAGAAAUCCAGAGGGGCCGAACAAUUGGAUCCUGGUCGGCUGAAGUGUGCAGCUCCCAUCAUUGUUGGCUCAGUAACCCACAUUUUUAAACAUUGUUUCAGGAAAUACUUAAAAAGUAUGGAAAUCAGUGCUGCCACUCCAUAAAGGCCGGGUUAGUAGUGAUCUUAAUAAUUAUUGGCACAUUUCAAGGCUUCCUGUCUAGCUAAGAUUCUUGAACGCUUGGUAAAUGUACAACUUAGCUCUUUUUUUACAUGAGAAAUGUAUUUUGAAUGUAAACCAAUAAGGGUUUAGGCCUAGGCAUAACACUAUUACAGCAACCAUUUUAGUUGUUAAUGGUCUUGUCAAUACUUUAGACUCUAUAAUGAAAUGUGCUGUUUGUGGACCUGUCAAAAGUUUUUCAUACUGUCGAUCAUGCUAUUUUAUUGAAUAAGUUGUCCUUGAUAGGCCUGAGCUCUGAUGCCUGUUCAUGGAUUCAUGAUUAUCUUAGUGACAGAACUCAGGCCAUUGUGAUUGACGGGGUUAAGUUCAUUUCUUGAAGUACUGUACAUAAAGAUGCACCACAGGGGUACAUUUUGGGACCUGUUCUCUUCAUUAUUUAUAUAAACACCAUUGGUCAAUCUGUUAAAAACUGUCAAUUUAAUCUAUAUGUGGAUGGUACUAUUAUGUAUGCUAUUGCCCCAACUGUUGAUCUGGCUGUGUCAAAACUCCAGUCAGAUUGUAUAGCUAUGCCAGAAUCCCUUGCUAAUUUAAAACAAAAUACACGUUGUUUUUAAACUCUCGUAUGAAUGUUUCAGAUGAACUACAUGUUUACUCAUUAGAUGGUUUGAAUGUGUUCAUGCAUAAAAAUACUUAGGCACUUGGA